AUCGUGGAAAGUUGGAAGUCUCGGAGAUCGCGCAGUGUUUUUCUUGGGCAGAAAAAUGGAUAAAGUCCUCUUGAAUACUGUGAAUAUUUGUAGAAUAUCUGCCAGAAACUUUGGGAACCAUAAUAAGAAGUUCGUAUACAAGAAUGGAGUGAAGUACGACAAUGUUUUCUACUAUCCCCGACAUUCUGAUCAUCAAGAUCCGUCUUUUGUGCCAUCGAAGCUCUUCAUGGUAAGGAGGAUAGGGCCAUACAAAGGAAUUCCUUACUGGGAGAAGAGAAUCAUCCGGGAUUUGGGACUUUCUCAAAGUCAAAAUGAAAUCGCUGUUGUGAAGAACACGCCGGAUAUGAAUUCAUUGCUGUGGAAAGUGAAGCACUUGAUCAAGAUCACUCCCAUAACUUUCCCGCACGGUGAACCCACGGAAGAAGACAUCAAUUACACCUACCUGAAGAGAAAUGGGGAGUGCAUUGUGGCUAAGGAGAUCAAAGUUGAGGAGAAUAGAUUGCAGGCAACAGAUGAGUUUGUGAAGGAUCAGAAGCGCCUUGACAAUGAAACUCUCAAGAGGGAUUCCCGUAUGAAGUGGCUCAAUCCGUGGUAGAACUAGAAAUUAGUCAUUAGUUGAAAAUACAAAUUAGUUAUUAUUUCAAUACGUAUCGAAAAUGUCCUUUUCUGCUACCAAAUAAAAUUCUUAAUUGAAAA